GAGGAUACAGACUGGAGAAGGACCCUGCAGAUGCUGAAUUGAAGAAAGAGAAGAAAUAUCAGUUUCUGUUACUAUGGCAAUGACAGCAGGGACUACUACAACCUUUCCUAUGAGCAACCAUACCCGGGAGAGAGUGACUGUAGCCAAGCUCACAUUGGAGAAUUUUUACAGCAACCUAAUUUUACAGCAUGAAGAAAGAGAAACCAGGCAGAAGAAAUUAGAAGUGGCCAUGGAAGAAGAAGGAUUAGCAGAUGAAGAGAAAAAGUUACGCCGAUCACAACAUGCCCGCAAAGAAACAGAGUUCUUACGGCUCAAGAGGACCAGACUUGGCUUGGAUGACUUUGAGUCCCUGAAAGUUAUAGGAAGAGGAGCUUUUGGAGAGGUGCGGCUAGUCCAGAAGAAAGACACAGGUCAUAUCUAUGCAAUGAAGAUAUUGAGAAAGGCUGAUAUGCUUGAGAAAGAGCAGGUGGCCCAUAUCCGAGCAGAAAGAGAUAUUUUGGUAGAAGCAGAUGGUGCCUGGGUGGUGAAGAUGUUUUACAGUUUUCAGGAUAAGAGGAACCUUUAUCUAAUAAUGGAAUUUCUCCCUGGAGGUGACAUGAUGACACUGCUAAUGAAGAAAGAUACCUUGACAGAAGAAGAAACACAGUUCUACAUUUCAGAGACUGUUCUGGCAAUAGAUGCAAUCCACCAGUUGGGUUUUAUUCAUCGGGAUAUUAAACCAGACAACCUUUUAUUGGAUGCCAAGGGUCAUGUAAAAUUGUCUGAUUUUGGCUUAUGCACGGGAUUAAAGAAAGCACACAGGACUGAAUUUUACAGAAACCUCACACACAACCCACCAAGUGACUUUUCAUUUCAGAACAUGAACUCAAAGAGGAAAGCAGAAACAUGGAAGAAGAACAGGAGACAGCUGGCGUAUUCCACAGUUGGAACACCAGAUUACAUUGCUCCAGAAGUAUUCAUGCAGACUGGUUACAACAAAUUGUGUGACUGGUGGUCUUUGGGAGUGAUUAUGUAUGAAAUGCUAAUAGGAUAUCCGCCUUUCUGCUCUGAAACACCUCAAGAAACAUACAGAAAAGUGAUGAACUGGAAAGAAACUCUGGUAUUUCCACCAGAGGUACCUAUAUCUGAGAAAGCCAAAGACUUAAUUCUCAGAUUUUGUAUUGAUUCUGAAAAUAGAAUUGGAAAUAGUGGAGUAGAAGAAAUAAAAGGUCAUCCCUUUUUUGAAGGUGUAGACUGGGGGCAUAUCAGGGAGAGGCCAGCGGCAAUCCCUAUAGAAAUCAAAAGCAUUGAUGACACUUCAAAUUUUGAUGACUUUCCUGAAUCUGAUAUUUUACAACCAGUGCCAAAUACCACAGAACCGGACUACAAAUCCAAAGACUGGGUUUUUCUCAAUUAUACAUAUAAGAGGUUUGAAGGGUUGACUCAGCGUGGCACUAUCCCCACUUACAUGAAAGCUGGGAAAUUAUGAAUGAAGAUCACAUUUGCCCACAACCAAGAGAACUCAGGUAGCUGCAUCACCAGGCUUGUUUGGCGUAGAUAACAAUACACUGAAACACUCCCGAAGAUGGUGGUGCUUAUCUACUACAAGAGGAAAUUCUACAGGAUUAGGAUUUCUAAGACUACUAUAGGAUUUGGUUGGCAGUGCCAGCUGGCUUUUUUUUUUUUUUUUAAUAUUUUAUUAUUUUUGUUAACUUUAUUAUACUAAGGUACUGGAAUAAAAGGAAUGUACAUCCCUUUCUAACUGCACGGCCUACCUGUGUAUUAAGGUCCAUUCUGCCUGUGUGUCCUGUGGCUUUGUACUGUAACACUUCUAAUCAAUUCAGGAGAAACACAUACCCUUUAAAGCAACAUAGGCUCACCCUGUCGGUAACACUGCAGUAUUGCUGAUUUACUGCAACUCUUUUGGGUCUAGAUAAUCAGUAAAAACCAUUCUCCAUAGUUGGUGUUAGAAUACUUGCCCUACAGAUUUGGACAACUGUAGAAUAUAUAUGAAGACAAUUUCUAUAAUGGUUUUAAGAAAUUUUAAAAAGAAAAUACACUGUUUAUUUAAAAAAUAGAAUUUAUCAUCAUGUUAUUACCCAAACUCCACAGUAGGGAGUUAUGGGUUUAUAAUAAGAGGAAAUUUAGCACUUCACUCAAGCAAUCCAUUAAUAUAUUUGCUUUGCAUUCAGAAAUACUGAUUACCUUUAUAUAUGUAGUCUGUGUACGCAUAGGGAGAUGUACUGUAUUAUAUAAAAAGUAAAGUAGCUUUUUUUGUGACAAGAGGAUUUCUUUUUUAAUAAGAGGACAUGGCAUUAUUUUCAUUUGAUUAUGGUGAAUUUAAUUUAAGAAAUGACCAUGAAGGCUGCUUGUAGAAUGAGUGUAUUUUUAUUAAACUAUUUUUUUAAAUGUCAAUCUUCUGAUCAUGUAAAUGGAUUUGUAGAGAGCAAAGAGCUAUUUACUUUGGUUUUCUAGAAAGUUGAUACAUAUCAUGGCUCAUUUGCUUUUAUUUCUUCUGAUGACUUUUUUUUCUUUGAUAGUACUUGUAUUAUUGUGCCAUUAUUUUCUUAAACUCCAAAUGUACCAAAGAUCCUGAAAAGAGUGGAUGUUCACAACUGAGUAGAAUUUUACUUUCCUGUGAGAAUGCUGUAUCCAGAAAUGACAGAUCUUGAUAGAGAUCAGCUUAUGCAGGGGCAGUGUUGUUUAUGGUUAGCUUCAUCACUGUGGCUUAUGUAAGAUGGACUUAAGGAAGCAAAUGCAGGGCAGGAGGGUUGUUAUUAGGUGAUGGGGGAGAUAAUGUCAGCAUCAAAUUCUUUGGGUAUUUCCCUAAGGAUUAAUAAUCUUUUCUAGUUCAAUGCUUUAAUUCUGAGGUUUGGGCUUCAUAAGUACUAGUUGAGGAAUAAUACUUUAUCAAGGAAUGGCCUAAUAUCUGUCUUAACUAUUCAUUGACAGACUUUUUUUAAGAUACAACAAUUACAACCAUUGCAAAUGAUCUGUGUUCAAAAUCUAAAGUGAUGAUUUAUCUAUAGGAAUGUUCUUCCUAAUAGGGAAGAAUUGCGUAAGAGCAUUAUGCAAAUCUACAAAAGCUUUUACAAAUGUUGCUGCUAGGUAGCUCCACAAUGUUUUCAAUAAGGCCAUUCUGGGUUUUUUUCCCCAUUCUGUUUCUUUCUUUCUUUCUUUCUUCUUUUUUUUAAAAGUAUUUGUUGAGAAAUUAUUACAUGAUCAUCUAUUAUUUCAUACCCAUUUUUCUUGCCUGGAACAUGUGGCUGAGUAUCUAGGAGAGAGUUAUUGGAACACUGGGAUUAUCUCAAUUUAAGUAACUCGGAUUUUUCUAACUGCCUUUAAUUUAAAAAAAAAUACAUAUCUUUAGCAUUUGUUGGGGUUUAUGAGAUUUUCUACCCGCACCCUCCUUUUUUCAAAAAAGGACUAUUUUGCUAGGGUGAUAGUGAGUAGAUAAUAUAGGAGGAAAUUGCAACAUUUUCUAAUCCUAGUAUGGUAACUAUUUUAGUACACUGAAAUAAUUCAAAUUGAGAGAGAAUAGAAUGUUUUAGAGUCUGUCCCUCCUUCUUAUUUUUGUCAGGAAGAACCUGGAAAUAAUUAUGAUUUCUAGGUAGUGGAAAGGGAGUUUUGGAAAGUUUGCUUUGUUUAAAGUCUUAUUUUUCCUGGGAGUUAAUAGGAUGAUUCACAAUCUUUGGGGAUUUUCUCCUCAUCGAAAACAUUUCUUAAGUGCCUAUCUAAAAGCAAUUAAAGACUGUGUCUGCCCUUUGGAAGCAAAGACUUUGAUUCAUAAUGCAGAUUAACCAGACAAUUUACAAAAGUACUCUGAGCUUGAAUUUUCACUAUAAUACAUUUCCCAUAUUUCAGGUGAAACAUUUAAUUUAAAUGACAAAAACCCUAUCUGAUAAAUGGGAUAUAAUGACAUUUUCUUUAAAUUAGACUCUAUUUUGAAUUAAAAGAGUUUUAUUAUAAACUGUGUUUUUGGUUUUUCUAAGCAUAUAGAAAGCUUGUAUAACUCAGAUUUAUUGAUUUCCUGAUUUAAUGUAGACUUUGACUUUUUAUUAAAAAUCUUUGUAUUAAAGCAAGUUAUGUUAUUUCUUCUUUAAUGCAUUUCUUUUUGACAUAGCUUUGAAUCUCCUUUAAAUUUAUUGAAACAGCACUGUCUGAAAAUAAGAAAUUGCUUAUAAAUCAGCCUUUUCUGAAUGGAAUAUAUGGCUGAUUUAAUAAACUAGUUAAUUGAAUGGAAAAUAAAAAAUGUGGAAUAUUAAAAAAUUUCUCUGGUUGCUGAGGCUUAA